AUGUUUGGUGCAUACAAAAUAGCAGAGAAUUAUUCUAAAGUAACUGGAGAAUUGCAGGAUUUACAAAGACAGUUAACUGAGGUGAAAUGUUGGAAUGAAUCUUUAACUAUAGCAGAUACUUCAGCUGUUUCUUUUAGUCAAGAAACUAGAGAAGCUUUGUUGACAAAUAGAGAAUUGAGUGCAGAGAUUGGGUCUUUACAACAAAUGUUACUUGAUGCUUAUGGAGCAAUACAAGGUUUAAAACAUUCAGGGCAAGUGUGUGUACCUGAGGAUCAUUCUAAAUGUCAUGAAAUUAUUAAUGACUUACAAAUAAAACUUGGUCAAAGAAAUACAUUAAUCGCUGCAUGCAAAAUACCAGUUAAUUUUGUAGAGUCAAAGUGUGUUGAUGAAGUUGUGUGUGACAAAAAGAAUGUGGAGAAUGUAAAGAUGACACCAAUUCUAGUUAAGGAACAGUUGGAUGAAGAGAGAAAGAUCAUUUCAUGUACUAAAAUUAACCAGUCUUUGUCUAGCACAGAAAUUGCUACAUUAACUAAAGAAAUCAUGGCCCAGGCAGCAGAUUUCAAACAAACAGUUUACAUGUAUAUGGAUUUUAUCGUAUCAAGUGUGGUUGAUGCUGCAUUGGAAAAGAUAAAGAAAGAUUUUAAUGGGCAUAUUAGUAGCUGUGUGAUGGAAAAUAUGGCUUUGGAGAAAGCUCUUAAUAGCUUUAUUGUUUCAAAUGCUGUUCCAGAGUCAACACUGGUAUUACUAUUAGCAUUUGUUUGGAAAAAAACACCAGAUUUUAAACCACUAACAAGCGAAAAUCCUGAUACGUUUAAAAUCUCAGAAAUGACUGAAUAUGCAUUAAAAGAAAAAGUCUUAGAUGCAUGCAUAAGUCUAAAAAAUGGACAAGCAAGCAGCUUUGCUGAGAAUAUUUUAGAAAAAGUGAAGAAGUUUUUAGUUAACCAUUUUAAACUAAAUGACAAUAUUGCCCAAAUCAGCAUUGAAAUUGCAGACAUUGUAAUAUCUACGCCCUACAGAAUAUUAAUAAAUGACAUCAUAAUUCCUGGCAUUAUUUCCAAAAUACCAAACGCUUAUGACUACAGAGAAGAUGCUCGAAAUAGGUUCCCUGAUGUUAUUAGAGUGAGAAAAGGGCUGCAGGAAACAGUGUCAAAUGUUCUGAUUGAUAUUUUUACUGAUCUGUUAACAAAUAAGGUCAAUACGCUACUUAAAACAACAUAUGAAAAGUACUACAUCCAAAAAAGUGCAAAGGAGUUAAAAGAAAUUGUGGACUACUGGCUUGAUAAGAUCAGUAGAGUAAACCAGAGAGAUUCAGAUUACCGAUACCAAGAAUCAUUAAGCCAGGAUUAUAUAAACAUCAUUAAAAAGCUCUUACAGCAGAAAUAUCAAACCGUAGACCAGGCACAUCAUGUUGUCACCAACAGUAAGCACCAUACGACUCAAAAAAGUCAAUUGAAAGAAGGGCAGAAGGGUGAAAUGAAAUAUUUUACUGAAUCUCAUCCAGGACCUGAAGACAUCAUUCGUCACAUGCAGAAUAGCUUAUCCGCAUUGCGUCUCGUGCAACCAGUUGCUCCAAUGUUUCCUCAAUCUAGCCAAGAGAAGAAAACAGGUCAACCAGAUAUCAGUCAUCCUGUCAUUGAUCAAAAGAUUAAUAGAAAAAAUGAGGAAUUGAUGUUCUCAGGGAAUCCAUUGUCUUCUUCGCCCUCAAAGAGGGAAAAAGAAAGAGAAUCAUGGGAAUUGAUGUUCUCAGGGAAUCCAUUGUCUUCUUCGCCCUCAAAGAGGGAAAAAGAAAGAGAAUCAUGGGAAUUGAUGUUCUCAGGGAAUCCAUUGUCUUCUUCGCCCUCAAAGAGGGAAAAAGAAAGAGAAUCAUGGGGUCAGAGCUUUUCCAAUUUUUUGACUGGAACACAAAGUUUAUUCUCAAUCAACAAACUAUUGGCUUCUUCAUCCGCAAACAGUGAAAAACCAAUACUUUCAUCAGUAAGUAGAGAUAGUGGGACCAACUCUAUUCAGAAUCAUAACCUUCUGUCAAGAAGAGAGAAGACUGGAAAUGAAAGAAUCAGUGACUUAAUGAACCAGCGUCAUAAAAUAAACCAGACAGACCCAGAUAAAUCAUUCUUAGGAAUGUUCAAAAGUGACCCAAUAUCUUCUGUAGUAAAAACAGUUUUCUCAGAACCAGAACCUUUUAAAGUCCCCCUGCCUAAUCUCCUGGUUAUGAACACAUUAAAAAAGUCUAAGAACGAGGGAAUGAAAUUAUCUAAUGAACUUUAUCAAGGACCCACUUCAUCAGUUGGUAAUGGCAUGUUUCAUUUGUUUAAUAGAUCUGGCAAUAAGUGAACCAACGAAAAGUGAAAAGAACUGAGAAGACAGAAACUAAGAGACCUGAGAUGUUAAAGAAUCAGCAGAAAGGACCUUUUAUAAUGCUACACUUAAUUACUGAUCUAUACUGUGCAUAUAUAAACAUUUAUUGUGUGCAGACCUUUUAUAAUGCUACACUUAAUUACUGAUAUAUACUGUGCAUAUAUAAACAUUUAUUGUGUGCAGACCUUUUAUAAUGCAGCACUUAAUUACUGAUAUAUACUGUGCAUAUAUAAACAUUUAUUGUGUGUAGACCUUUUAUAAUGCAGCACUUAAUUACUGAUAUAUACUGUGCAUAUAUAAACAUUUAUUGUGUGUGCAGACCUUUUAUAAUGCAGCACUUAAUUACUGAUCUAUACUGUGCAUAUAUAAACAUUUAUUGUGUGCAGACCUUUUAUAAUGCUACACUUAAUUACUGAUCUAUACUGUGCAUAUAUAAACAUUUAUUGUGUGCAGACCUUUUAUAAUGCAGCACUUAAUUACUGAUAUAUACUGUGCAUAUAUAAACAUUUAUUGUGUGCAGACCUUUUAUAAUGCAGCACUUAAUUACUGAUAUAUACUGUGCAUAUAUAAACAUUUAUUGUGUGCAGACCUUUUAUAAUGCAGCACUUAAUUACUGAUAUAUACUGUGCAUAUAUAAACAUUUAUUGUGUGUGCAGACCUUUUAUAAUGCAGCACUUAAUUACUGAUCUAUACUGUGCAUAUAUAAACAUUUAUUGUAUGCAGACCUUUUAUAAUGCUACACUUAAUUACUGAUCUAUACUGUGCAUAUAUAAACAUUUAUUGUGUGCAGACCUUUUAUAAUGCAGCACUUAAUUACUGAUAUAUACUGUGCAUAUAUAAACAUUUAUUGUGUGCAGACCUUUUAUAA